AUGGCCCGCCUGUCCGGUCUCCAGCGUGAUGUGCUCUCCCUCUACCGAAGAUGUCUCCGCUCCGCCCGCACGAAAACCGCCCACCGCGCGAAUUUCGAGGCCUUUGCCCGGCAAGAGUUUGAGAAGAACAUUGGCUUGAACAAGAAGGAUUUCGCGACCAUUGAGUUCUUGGUUCGGAAGGGGACGAGACAGGUGGAGACGUAUGAGGCGCCGGGGAUCACGAAUGUCGCCGGGUGGGGGAGAUGA